AUAAACGUGUACAGGAUUUGAUUUUAAUUAUAAACAUUUUAACACUUGUUCUGUCAACACAUUCAGUGACAAACAAUCCUAAAGGACUCAAAUAGAUAAAUUCAAUUUUGUGAUUUAAUAAUUUUGUAAAAAAACAUACAACUAAUUAAAAUGGCUUUAAAGAUCGUUAUCUGCCUAAUGGCUAUUGCCCACAUUGCUAUCGGUGUUGAAGUUAAACCUGAACCCGACUAUGGACCAGUUGCCUAUGAAUUCCACUAUGCCGUUCACGAUCCCCAUACCGGUGAUAUCAAGAGUCACAAGGAAACACGCAAAGAUGACAAAGUUGAGGGUAGCUACGAAUUGAUUGACUCCGAUGGUUAUCGUCGUUUAGUUACAUACAAGGCUGAUGACCAUAAUGGUUUCGAAGCCGUCGUUUUGCGGGAACCUACCGAUAUUAAGAUUCCUAUUCCAGAACCUAAAAAAGUAGAAGCAGCACCUGUAGUACAUUAUGGCUCUAAGCCUGCGCUGAAAUCAGUGAAUGCUCCCGAAUAUGGCACUUUUGUUUCAUAUACAGGAUCCUCACACAAUUAUAAAUAUUAAAACAAAAGUGUCAAUAGUAAAAAAGAAGAGGAAUAAGACAACAAACAAGCUACCAAAAUCUAGUAAAUUGAAUGGAAUGGAUAAAAUGACAAAUAAUUAGAUAAGGAUUACAUUAAAAUAUUCUAAUUUACCUAAGAUAAACUCAUUCAUUCAAACUCAAGCACACAACUUAAGUAUACUUUUUCAUUAUGCAUAUUAUCAUUAAUACUUUAAUACGUCAUACCCUUUCCAUCCAUUUAUGCAUCCCUUAGUUUAUUUGUUUCCAUCCUUUCUCUUUUAAUCCCUUAUCCAUUUUCCAUCUUCGUAUUAGUAAAAUACCUAAAUAUCCUACUAUUAGCUCAUUCUGAUCACUGACAAAUCUUAUGAAAAGUACACUGUGAAUAAUGCAAUUUACAUUAUAUUAAAUAGUAAAUUUUUUCUACUUGUAUGAAUG